CGAGCGCUACGGCUUCCUCCUCGAUCGAUCAUCUUCUCCCACGCUUCUACGCACCUCGAAACCCUCUCUAAUGGCGAAAGAAGGAGAAGGAGAAGCCCCUCUACGCCGCCUCCGCCUCCUCUCACUCCACCUCGACCCCUCCUCCUCCUCCUCCUACGGUGGAUCCCUCGCCCUCGUCCCCUGCGGCGGCGGAGGAGGAGGCGCCGCCGCUCGACGGAGGAGGCCAUCGGCGGUGAGCGUGGCGGAGCUAACGGAGUACAUGCGGGGGCGGCACCGCGGGAUCCAGAUGAGGGUGUUCGAGUUCUUCGCGUCGCGGCCGGAGCUGGCGACACCCGUGGAGGUCGCCACCGCCGAGCACCGCGAGAUAUGCAUGCGCCAGCUCUCGGCGCUGGUCCGCGAGGCCGGGAUCCGGCCCCUCAGCCUCAUGGACGACGACCCCUCCGCGUACUUCGCCGUCCUCGAGGCCGCGGGCGGGGUCGACAUCUCGCUCGGGGUCAAGCUCGGGGUCCAGUACAGCCUCUGGGGAGGCACAGUGAUCAACUUAGGAACAGAAAAGCACAGGGAGAAGUACUUUGACGGAAUCGACAAUCUCGACUACCCUGGUUGUUUCGCGAUGACCGAACUCCACCACGGUUCGAAUGUUCAAGGCCUUCAAACAACUGCUACCUUCGAUCCGCUCACCGACGAGUUCAUAAUCGACACCCCAAAUGACGGAGCAAUCAAGUGGUGGAUCGGCAACGCAGCAGUUCACGGAAAAUUUGCGACCGUUUUUGCAAAACUCAUUUUACCACUUCAAGAGGAGGCAGGUGGUUCUGCUGAUAUGGGUGUGCAUGCAUUCAUUGUCCCCAUAAGAGACCUUAAAACACACGCUGUUCUUCCCGGCAUCGAAAUACACGACUGUGGCCACAAAAUCGGCCUGAAUGGGGUAGAUAACGGAGCAUUACGUUUCCGUUCUGUGCGGAUUCCUCGCGACAAUCUCCUCAACAGGUUCGGAGAUCUGUCAAAGGAUGGGAAAUACACGAGCCCUCUCCCCACCGUCAACAAGAGGUUCGCAGCUACGCUAGGAGAACUUGUCGGAGGGAGAGUUGGGAUAGCGUAUACGUCUGUUAGUGUUCUCAAAGUAGCAGUUACUAUAGCCACCAGAUACUCUCUACUCCGCCACCAAUUCGGGCCUCCGAAGGAGCCAGAAGUCAGCAUAUUGGACUACCAAUCUCAUCAGCAUAAGCUCAUGCCUAUGCUGGCUUCAACUUACGCCUUUCAUUUCACGACGCUUUAUUUGGUGGACAAGUAUUCGGAGAUGAAGAAAUCGCAUGACGAUGAUGUUGUUGCCGAUGUACACGCGCUCUCAGCUGGUCUGAAGGCUUAUGUGACUUCGUAUACGGCGAAGUCUCUUAGUGUAUGCAGAGAAGCUUGCGGUGGACAUGGAUAUGCUGCGGUGAACCGGUUCGGUAUUUUGAGAAAUGACCAUGAUAUAUUUCAGACAUUCGAAGGGGAUAAUACAGUUCUUUUGCAACAGGUUGCAGCGGAUCUCUUGAAGCAAUACAAGGAAAAGUUCAAGGGAGGCACUCUCACAGUCACCUGGAACUACUUGAGAGAGUCAAUGGCCUCAUACUUAUCCCAGCCGAAUCCGGUGACCACUCGAUGGGAAGGAACAGACCAUUUGCGCGAUCCUAACUUCCAACUGGAUGCUUUCAGGUAUCGAACAUCUCGGUUGCUUCAAAGUGUCGCGGUACGGAUUCGCAAGCACACGAAGACACUCGGAGGCUUUGGUGCCUGGAACAGAUGCUUAAAUCACCUCCUGACACUUGCUGAGUCGCACAUUGAAUCGGUCAUCCUCGCAAAGUUCAUAGAUGCAGUACAGAGAUGCCCUGACGAGAACACGCGCGGCGUCUUGAAGCUACUCUGCGACCUUUAUGCCCUGGAUCGAAUCUGGAAAGACAUCGGAACAUAUCGGAACGUGGACUAUGUGGCUCCUAAUAAGGCCAAGGCUAUUCAUAAGUUAACAGAGUAUCUGAGUUUCCAAGUGAGGGGUUUCGCGAGAGAGCUAGUCGACGCGUUCGAUCUCCCGGAUCUCGUCACUCGCGCUCCGAUCGGCAUGCAGUCGGAGGCAUACUCACAGUAUACACAAUACAUCGGAUUCUAGAAAGAGAUAGCGGAAUUAUAGCCAUCACACGAGCAUCUUAUCAUAAUAUUACAAAAUAUACUAGUAAGAUGAAUAAGCACCCACAUAGGGAACAUAGUUAUAUGGGCAAUAACCACAAUAUAUACAGAUGUUAUUUAUUUAUUUUUCUCAGCUAGCUUUGUACAUGUAAAAUUUGCUCGAGAAAAGUGAAUUUAGCAGUUGCUAUUAAAUCCAGAAGUAUAUGCCUGAUGCCUUCAGUAUGUA